AUGCUACAGCUGUCGAGUGGGAACCCUGUAUAUGAGAACUAUUACAGACAGGUGGACCCCGGGAACACAGGGAGAGUGGGACCAACAGAAGCUGCCUUGUUCUUAAAAAAGUCUGGACUCCCUGACAUUACACUUGGAAAGAUCUGGGAUUUGGCCGAUCCCGAUGGCAAAGGCUAUCUGGACAAACAGGGGUUUUACGUAGCUCUGCGGCUGGUGGCCUGUGCCCAGAGCGGUCAGGAAGUCAGUCUGUCCAGCCUCAACCUCACAGUCCCUCCCCCCAAGUUUAAGGACACCAGCAGUCCGUCUCUAAGCAGCACAGCAUCUGCCUCCGGCGAAUCGCACUGGGCUGUCAGGCACGAGGAGAAGAGUAAAUUUGAUGGGAUUUUCGAGAGUUUGGCUCCAGUCAAUGGCCUGCUGUCAGGAGACAAGGUCAAACCAGUCCUCAUCAACUCCAAGCUACCUCUGGACGUCCUUGGGAAGGUUUGGGACCUGAGUGACAUAGAUAAAGAUGGCCAUCUGGACAGAGAUGAGUUUGCAGUGGCCAUGCACCUGGUGUACCGGGCCCUGGAGAAGGAGCCUGUUCCCCCACUCCUCCCCUCUUCUCUCAUCCCUCCGUCUAAGAGGAAGAAGAGUCUGGGCUCGGUGGCCGGCUCAAUGCCCGGACUCCCCGCGAGCCCCCCACCGCCAAAAGACUCGCUACGCUCCACGCCCUCCCACGGCAGCAUGAACUCCCUGAACAGCACCGGCAGCCUGUCGCCCAAACACACACUGAAGUCUGGACAGCACUCGCUGAACUGGGUGGUCCCAGUGUCAGACCGCGGUCGCUAUGACGACAUCUUCCUGAAGACCGACGCUGAUCUGGACGGUUUUGUCAGCGGACAUGAAGUGAAGGAGAUCUUCAUGCAGUCUGGACUCUCUCAGAACCUCCUGGCCCACAUAUGGGCUCUGGCAGACACCAGGCAGAUAGGCAAGCUGACCAGGGAGCAGUUCGCCCUCGCCAUGUAUCUCAUCCAGCAGAAAGUCAGCAAGGGCGUCGACCCCCCACAGGCCCUGACCGCCGACAUGAUCCCCCCCUCAGAGAGAGGCACUCCUGUACCUAGUUUGUCAGGAUACAUGACCCCAGUGGGAUCAGAGAUGGCGGCUCUGUCCGAGAUGAGACGGGACAGCUCCAGUUCAGUGGGUUCAGGGGAGUUCACUGGCAUCAAGGAGCUGGAUGACAUCAGCCAGGAGAUAGCACAGCUGCAGAGGGAGAAGUAUACUCUGGAGCAGGACAUCAGAGACACAGAGGAGGCCAUCAGACAUAAGAGUGCAGAGGUUCAGGAGAUGCAGAAUGAUCUGGAUAGAGAGACAGCCAGCCUGCAGGAGCUGGAGGCUCAGAAACAAGAUGCCCAGGACCGCCUGGAAGAGAUGGACCAGCAGAAACACAAACUAGAGGACAUGCUGAACGAAGUCCGGAUAAAGUGCCAGGAAGAGUCUCAGAUGAUCUCGACCCUCCAGAGUCAGAUCCACUCGCAGGAGUCGGACCUGCAGAGCCAGGAGGAGGAGCUGAGCCGGGCGAAGGCCGACCUGGGCCGGCUGCAGCAAGAGGAGAACCAGCUGGAGCAGAGCCUGGCGGCCGGCAAGAUCCAACUGGAGACCAUCAUCAAGUCCCUGAAGGCCACGCAGGAUGAGAUCAACCAGGCUCGUAGCAAGUUGUCCCAGAUUCAGGACAGCCAACAGGAAGUGUCCAAAAGCAUCGAGCAGUACAACAGCACCUUGAACGGAACCCACGGAGGAAGCAUGACCAACCUGGCCGACAUGAGCGAGGGCUUCGGCGACAGAGAGAACGGGGGAUUCCCGGCCAUGGUGAGAGCGCCACAGGAGGAUCCAUUCAAAGUGAAGCCAUCUGUGUUCAACAGCCAGCCUCAGGAGCUCCACACUGACCCCUUCCACUCUGAAGACCCCUUCAAAACAGACCCCUUUAAAGGUGACCCUUUCCAACAUGACCCUUUUGCAAAGCAGCCACCGACAUCUACAGAUCCUUUCGGAGGAGACCCGUUUAAAGAGACCGAUCCGUUCAAGACCUCGUCAGAAGAUUUCUUCAAGAAGACCACAAAGAUGGAUCCCUUCUCCACACCGGACCCCUUCAGUAAAAGUGCCACAUUACCUUCCAAGCAAAGCGGUCACUUCACAAGCAAUGACCCAUUCUCUUCAAGCAACCCAAAACCCAAAGGACCAGACCUGUUUGGCACAUUGGACCCGUUCGGCAGCAGCUCGUUCAACAGCAGCAGCAACAGCUCUGCUGGAUUUGCAGAUUUCAGCAUCAUGUCGAAGCCCAGAGACCCUUUUGAAGGGAGGGCCAGCUGGCUGCCAGACUACCAGAAGUCGGUGUUUGUGGACGACCCAUUCAGCAGGAAGAACGACACGCCAGCUCUGCCUCCGAAGAAAAGUGUUCCCCCAAGACCCAAACCACCCAGUGGUAAGAGCACACCAGUGAGCACGUCUGGCACAGCGGACCCUUCCAAACCAUGCGACCCCUUCCAACCGUUCGGCGGCGAAGCCAUCGACCCGUUUCAGAGUAAAAAGGCCCUGGGAGACCCGUUCAGCGGCAAAGAUCCCUUCGCCCCGUCCUCGGCAUCAAGACCGGACAAAGUCAAGUUUGGGAACGAGGCUCAGCAGCUGGAGUGGGCCAAGAGAGAGAGCGAGCGAGCCGAGCGCGAGCGGCUGAAGAGGCUCAGGCAGCAGGAGCAGGAAGACCUGGAGCUGGCCAUCGCCCUCAGCAAGGCCGAGAUGUCCAACGCAUGACCUGGAACCCAGACCGCACUUACACACACACACACACACACACACACACACACACACACACACACAGCGCAUAGACAAGCUAACAUGACUGACUAUCUAAACAUGCAGACACAAAGCAACUCACUGGACUAACUCUCCCAAGUGUUCAUACAAACUGUGGUCCACACACAUACACAGGACCUGCACCUCCACUAUUUUACAUUCCCCCCACGCGCAAUGACUCAAUGAAUGGAACAGAAAGAACUUCCAGGCAAGUCUGGACACUGACCCUGCAUUUAAUAUUAAAAUCUCUCCUGAUGACAUGAAGAGACAGAGAACUGAAGGAUGAAGGAGAAAGAGGGGCCUGAUGGAAACAAACAGAUGCACUGUGUUUAUGCACUAAAGUGGCUGGACAGUGAUGAGACGGAUCCAUUCACUUGGCCCCAGCAGACUAUUGCUGACAGAACACCCUGACGGUUUGAAUUUUUCAGCUUGUUGUUUUUCCUCCUCCAGCUUCUCUCACAAU